AUGUCCUUGGAGAUCGACCCAGGGGACUCACUCUAUGCCGACGGCAUUCCGCCUCUAUUCAGGACUGAAAAGGUACGAAACAUAAUUAAAGCAAACGAUGGCGAACGUGUUGAACUAGUCGCCGAGCUUGUUCAAGGCUCGGAACCCUUGCAAAUUCGGUGGGUACGCAAUCGCGUCGCCAUCACCGAUUCCGAGUCAUUCCAAUAUGUCCGAAACGGUCCAGACGUUCGUCUGGUGAUUGCUGAUGCUUUCCCAGAAGAUGGAGGAGAAUACGCGGUGGAAGCACGCAAUCAAUAUGGAACGGCUCGAUGCAUUAUGAGACUUGAUAUUCAUAGUCACGAACGAUCUCUUGCCGAGGAUGCUCCUCGCAUUGUAAACGCUCCUAAACUCGUCAAGGCAACUCCUGGAGAGGUGGCCGAGCUCACAGCUCGAGUUACAGGCCAUCCUGAUCCAGUCAUUGCUUGGGCGAAAUCUGGUGAAGCGAUAACGAACUCCGAAAAAUACACU